AUGGAUCUCACCAUCCGACUCAAGACCAAAGGCGGUGUCGACAAAUACCCAGCCAAAAGCCAUGCCAGGAGAUUUCGAGAGAAGCUGGGCAUCAGCUCCGGCAUCAUUGUGGCAUCCGGCACCAAGAACUUGAACUGGCCCAACUCCGACAUGCCCGCACCGUUCAGGCAAGAUCGAUCCUUCUACUACCUCACAGGCUGCAAUGAACCAGAUUGCGGAGUGUCCUACGACAUUGAAAAGGACAAGUUGACUCUGUGGCUACCUCCGGUUGAUCUUGGAUGGCACCAGCUUGUGUACUAUGGCCGAGGAAGCACGGUCGAAGAGGCUCUUGAGAAGUACGACAUCGACGACGCACACUAUAUCAAGAAGGAACCCUCGGAAGCAUUUUCGAGGGCUGGAUUUCUGCCCGAUCUCUUGCAACGUGCUUUGAAUGCUUGCCGUGUCAUCAAAGAUGAGCAUGAGAUUGAUCUCGUCCGGCGAGCCAACGAUAUCACAGCGGAGGCACACACCAACGUUCUGAAGGGCAUGCAUGGCUUCACGAACGAAUCAGAGGUGGAGGCCGCUUUCAUGAAAACUUGCAUAGCCCGAAAAGCAAAAGCUCAAGCCUACGAUCCCAUUGCUGGCUCAGGCCCCAAUGCAGCUAUCUUACAUUACUCAGAGAACACAGCCGACUUUGGCAAAGGACAGACUGUCGUACUCGACGCUGGUUGCGAAGUUGAUAGAUACGCCUCAGAUGUCACUCGAACACUCCCCAUCAACAAGCACAACCCCGGUCAUUGGUACUCGAAGGAAGCAGAGCAUAUUUACAAGCUCGUGGAGAAGGUCCAACAGUCCUGUAUCAAGAAGAUGCUGCCAGGAAACAAGUACAUCGAGGCGAAUUGGCAUGCUCAUCACAUUGUUGUGGAAGGCCUGCUGAAGUUGGGGAUUCUCAAAGGCGACGCCAACAAGAUCUUCCACGCUGGUGUAUCCGCGGCUUUCCUUCCACAUGGCUUGGGCCAUCAUGUCGGCCUCGAUGUGCAUGAUGUCUCUCCCGAUCCUCCGCCACCCGCACAAGCCACGAAGGCCAAUGUUGACCGCCUACGCGAGGCAUACAUCAAGUGGAAGCCAGAAGCUGCAUCUUGGGCAUCAGAACUAAACUCAUUUGAAAACUUUGGCAUUGGACCCUACUGGCAAACAUCACUGACCAGCGUAGAUGCGCCAGUACUCGAGCCUGGCAUGAUAGUUACGGUUGAGCCUGGUAUUUAUUUCAAUCCAGUGCUAUUGAGGGAGCUUCUAUCAGAUCCCAAACGGAGCCAGUUCGUUGAUGAAGCGGUCUUGAAGCGGUAUAUCCCUGUGGGUGGCGUGAGGAUCGAGGAUUGCAUUCUCAUCAACAAGAAAGGGUAUGAGAAUCUAACCACAGCGCCCAAGGGUGAGGAGAUGUUGAAGAUUAUCCGUAAAUCAGCAGAAAGAUAG